AGCAGCGCGGACUACAGCUCCCAUGGGCGGGCAGGGGGCGCCGGGUCAGCCGUGGGAGCGGCCGGAGGGACAGCGCCGGUGCUGAUCCCGCCGCCGGUUUGUGAGCAAACGCCAGGGGAGCGCGCGGGGCGUGCUGUGGCCGCGCUCGCUGCUCGGCGGGACCCACCCGGCACGGGGAGGCAGCUGAAGGGCGCGGGCCGAGGAUGAGGCACGAAGCUCCCAUGCAGAUGGCAUCUGCUCAAGAUUCCAGAUAUGGCCAGAAAGACACAUCUGACCAGAACUUUGAUUACAUGUUCAAAUUGCUCAUCAUUGGCAACAGCAGUGUUGGGAAAACCUCCUUUUUGUUCCGUUAUGCUGACGAUUCCUUUACAUCUGCAUUUGUAAGCACGGUCGGGAUCGAUUUCAAAGUCAAAACGGUUUUCAAAAAUGAAAAAAGGAUUAAGCUACAGAUUUGGGACACGGCAGGUCAGGAGAGAUAUAGGACAAUUACAACAGCCUAUUACCGGGGUGCAAUGGGCUUCAUUUUAAUGUAUGAUAUCACGAAUGAAGAAUCCUUCAAUGCUGUACAAGACUGGUCAACUCAAAUCAAAACAUACUCGUGGGAUAAUGCCCAGGUUAUUUUGGUCGGUAAUAAAUGUGACAUGGAGGACGAGCGGGUAAUCUCCACUGAGAGAGGCAAACAUUUAGCAGAGCAACUUGGUUUUGAAUUUUUUGAAACAAGUGCCAAGGACAACGUAAAUGUCAAGCAGACAUUUGAACGGCUUGUAGAUAUCAUCUGCGACAAAAUGUCAGAAAGUCUGGAGACGGAUCCUGCCAUCGCUGCUGGAAAACAGAACACAAGACUAAAGGACACCCCUCCUCCACAGCAACCCAACUGCGGCUGUUAAUACAGUUAUCAACAGAGGCAGCUCCAGUGUGUUCUAUUGCCAACAGAGUAUUUACAGAUGGUCUAUAAGCCUUUAUUUAUAGUGUCUUUUUAAUUUAUUUGGGGACAAUGUGUUUAUUUUAUGUCAAUGGCUGGUACAAUGUGUACAAACAAUUUGUAAGGACUGCCCAUUUCUAAGCAUCUGGUCUUUGCAUGUGGCUAAUUGUCUGUCUUUUCUUUUUAUCCUACGUACAUUACACUUGCUUCAGCUGGUUCUGUGACCUCAGAACACAGGUUGUCUACAACUGACUUUAACUUAAUCAGUUUCAAAUUAUACCAUUUACUCCUUGGUGUAAUGAUCAUGGUAUUUAGGAAUAAGCUUUCUGAUGUCAUUUAAAUUUUCGUUGACUGAAAAAUCUAUUUUAAAAUAUUAUCUGAA